AUGGCCCCAGAAAGUGAUGUUAAACACGGGCAGUCAGAUGGGCAGUCAGAUGGGCAGUCGGAUCAUGGGAGCUCUCUGUAUGCAGCUCUGGCACGCACUGUAACUAGAGGCGCGGCUUUGUACUUCUCUCGUCCCGUCAGACUCUUCAGACCUAGCAAAGGCAGGUAUUUCUUCAAGUCUGGCCACGUUGAAGAGAUUGGACUUAUUUCUUGGUAUCACAAAGUAUCUGGUUGGAUGUUUCUCCAAGGGCUUGCCUCACAGAAGGGAGUUUCACUUUCGCCUCAAUUCCUAGGCUAUUUGGUGAAAAAGCACGGCCUGUUCGUACUUCCUCGUCAUUUCCUCCCGCCUCUGGCAAUUAAUGCUGCUCUUGGGACAGUCUUGUGGUCAUCAUAUUCCCAGGCGUCUAUACUAUUUGAAGGACAUUUAACUCAUCCUCUUGCCAUAUCUCUCGUGUCUGGAGCUAUUGCUGGAGGGUCGCAGGCUUUAGUUGCCGCUCCUGCGGAGAAUGUAAGAAUCGUUCUCGAAAGCGGUGGAUCCCAUGCUGGUUGGACCGAUGCUUGGAAAGAUGUAUUCCGAGGCACUCCGGUAGACUUACGUGAAACGAAGGCUCAGAGCUUGCGAGACGCCCGUCAAGUUCGCAUCUGGAUGCAAGACGUUGGGGACACGGCAGGAUGGAAAGGAUUAACAUGGGGAUUCGCCAAAGACACAUGUGGAUUUGCCGUGUUCUUCUCGAUCUUUGAAGUGACGAGGAGGAUUUCGACUGUUUUAAAGGCGAAUUCUAUCCGAGUAAUAAACAAACUGAAAGGAGAAGCUUCGGCGAAGUUUUACGUGCCUCGCGUUGUACAUGGCGUGUCAUUAGUGACUGGAGGUAUUUUAGCAGGUUUGGCAUAUGAGAUUACCACCAGGCCUUUUGAUGAGGCACGCCGCAUCGUCCAUGCUCAGCGCGUUACCGAUCCGUCGCAUCGGACAAUAGUCGCUGGGUUCAAAGUACUGUCCAAGAAGGUCCAAGAAGAUGGCUUAUCAGCAUUCUUCCGUUCUACGCCUAGACAUGAUACCACAGAACCUGUUUCUCGAUCGACUUCGCUCCUUCGGAGGCGUACGUAUGCAGCUCUGCGUGUGUUAGGAAGAUUGGGACCUUGGGGUGCCGGAUUUUUAAUAUGGGAGAUGUAUGGACCGGGACUUGCAUCCUAG